AGAGAGGAACAACAUUCACCGUGCAUCUUAUGUAAAAACAGCAAAUUCAGAACCGACUCCACGGAACAGUUCGAGGAUUGCAGACUCUACAGAAGCCCUGGACGAAGCCCUGGACGAAGCCCAGGACGAAGCCCAGGACAAAACCCUGAACGAAGCCCUGGACGAAGCUCAGGAUGAAGCUCAGGAGGAAGCCCUGGAUGAAGCCCUGGACGAAGCUCAGGAGGAAGCCCUGGACGAAGCUCAGGACGAAGCCCAGGACGAAGCUCAGGAGGAAGCCCUGGACGAAGCUCAGGACGAAGCUCAGGAGGAAGCCCUGGACGAAGCUCAAGAGGAAGCCCUGGACGAAGCCCAGGACGAAGCCCUGGACGAAGCUCAGGACGAAGCCCAGGACGAAGCUCAGGAGGAAGACCUGGACGAAGCUCAGGACGAAGUUUAGGAGGAAGCCCUGGACGAAGCCCUGGACGAAGCUCAGGACGAAGCCCAGGACGAAGCUCAGGAGAAAGCCCUGGACGAAGCCCUGGACAAAGCUCAGGACGAAGCCCAGGACGAAGCUCAGGAGGAAGCCCUGGACAAAGCUCAGGACGAAGCUCAGGAGGAAGCCCUGGACGAAGCCCUGGACGAAGCCCAGGACGAAGCUCAGGAGGAAGCCCUGGACGAAGCCCUGGACGAAGCCCAGGACGAAGCUCAGGAGGAAGCCCUGGACGAAGCUCAGGAGGAAGCCCUGGACGAAGCCCAGGACGAAGCUCUGGAGGAAGCCCUGGACGAAGCCCAGGACGAAGCUCAGGACAAAGCCCAGGACGAUGUGAAUAUUGACACAGACUAAUCUCAAGUAAAGCAAGAAGAGAGAGUUCAGUUUGGUCCCCAGACACACCAACAUGACUGAGGACACGUCAUGAAUCAUCUUUAGUUCACAAAAUACAGCAGAACUGAACAUAAUUACAGAGACUUUUCUACAUUUUUCAUUUUCAGCAUUUAGCAGACGCUUUUAUCCAAAGCGACUUACACAAUGUGCUGAACACGAUGAGCAAUUGAGGGUUAAGGGCCUUGCUCAGGGACCCAACAGUGGCAACUUGGUGGUGGUGGGGCUUGAACCGGCAACCUUCUGUUUACUAGUCCAGUACCUUAACCACUGAGCUAUCACUGCCCUUUUCUACCCACCUUCCUAAAUGUUGGUGUUACGUGACAGCACGUAUGUUUUAUUUUCUUCUGUUCUUUUUUCUACUUGCACUAAUUGACUGCAAGAUUUAGCUGGAGCAACCAGAAGGAUUUGAAGUGAAGUCAAAGAAGAGUUGUAGGAAUAUAAGGUAGAGAAGCUGCUGUACAGACUGAAACAAUCAGGCAGAAUCUGGUGUAGGAUGUUACUCUGAGUGAACAAAGUUUUGUACAGAACCCAGUUUAAACAAGGAAGGUCCAGUGGUUUCAUGGAGGACAAAGAAGCGUAACUAGAUGUUCUAGUUUACAUUCAGCCAUUAAUGUGUAUUGUAGCUUUUAUUAAUGUUAUUGUUUGAAUUAUGAGUGCGUUUUUUUUUUACUUUUGUGUGAAGUAACUAAGUAAUAAUACUUUGUUACAGUACUUAAGUAUUGGUUUGA